GUCAUUUUUCGAGGUCCCUUUGUUUACAGAGAAGAAAGGAUUUUUAUGUUAGGCAGUUUGAUAAUUUAGAAAAGAUUGUCAUUUAAAUGGAAUAAAACUUUUACAUUUUACAUUCUGUUGUAGAUCUAAGUAGGAGUGUGUUAUUUUACAAAUCUAUGUUAGUUUGAUGAUUCACACAUCUGAGUGUUUCAUUCUGACUCACAGAGUACCCAGUUCCAUAAGUGUUUGUUGAGACAAAGGACAUCAUUCACCUGCGGAUAUUAUAAUAGUGUUUUACAGGAUGGCAUAUUGUAUAUAAGACAACAUAUUAAAAGGAGUGUUUUUUGAGAUGAAACAUAGUAAUUGUCAAGAAUCUGCUGACAGUGAUACCCUUGAUACAGUGAUGGCCUCCCCAACACCUUCGCAGAGUGACACAGUCACUACCGCUUCAAAUUCGGACUCUGAAAUGGAGUCAGCUGGAAAUCCAAACCUACGGUGCUUCUUGUGCCAUGAGACCUUCUCCAUUCCGAAAGUGCUAAGCUGCUUUCAUACGUUUUGUCAACCUUGCCUGGAGAAGACUCAAGAACUUCCAGACAAAAUAGCUUGUCCGGAGUGUCAUCAGGAUACAUUUCUUGGUGCGAACGGCUUAAGUGGACUGUUGCCUGACUACGCUGUGAGCAAUCUGUUAGAAAAAACAGCUCUCGACACUAGUGCCUUACACUGUACUGGCUGCAAGAGCAAAGACACGAAUGCAGUGGCAAGGUGCUUUGACUGUGCUAACUUUCUAUGUGCUAAUUGUGUUAUGGCACAUCAGUUUAUGCAUUGUUUCGAAGGACAUAGGGUUAGCAGCCUUACAGAUCUGAAAAAUAACAAGGAGAAUGGCAAGCUUGAGAAGCCUUUGUACUGUCCACGUCACAAAGCAGAGGAAUUGAAAAUCUUCUGCAAGACGUGUUCGAUUCCCAUAUGCAAGGAAUGCACAGUGUUUGAUCACGGCCGAGGUCACGACUGCCAGUUCCUCUCGGACACCGGAGACAAACAGAUUGCGCAGAUGCACCUGAUGGAACAAGAUGCAAAAAUGAAAAUCACAGAACUUAAAACCACUUCUAAAAGCAUUGACCACAUCGCCAGUAGGUUGCAGGUUCAAUAUCACAAGGCACAAAAUGACAUUAACGAUACAUACAAUUUCUAUCGCGCCAUGUUAGAAGAGAGGAAACAAGAAUCACUGAAGGAGCUGGACCAAGCAUUUAACAGCAAACAGCUGUUGAUUAACAAUCUUGGUGCUAAAAUUCAGGAACACAUUGACAAAAUGUACCUGGGAACAGAAUUUGUGGACAAGAUUACAAAGUUUGCAACCAUGCCUGAAGCUCUAAUGUUCAAAAACCUGGUUGAACAGCGAUUUCAGAAUCUGUUCAACUUUUCUCCUGAUACUGACAAUGAAAGUUAUCAUGAUAUCGAGUUCAUAUCCAACUUCCAGGCAAUCCAGACUGGUGUUAGAAACACGUUUGGCUAUGUUCGAGAGGGACCCAGCGAUAUUUCACAUAUCAUUGCAAAACCUCAACCUAUUGCUCGGCCUAAUGGUUUAGUCUCAUCCAUGACUCCGCCUCCUGUGUCACUCAGCAACACACAGAUGAAUGGCCAGCUCAACGGUCACCUAUUCGACCCUACCAGUAUUGAAACCAUCCCAACCAGUAACUUUGGAACCACAAAUCAGUUUGAAUCCACCAACAACCUGCUGUUCCCUACGACUGAUACAUUCACAACAAACAGUGAUUCCAACCUGUAUGAGAAAUGGUCGAGCGGCGGUUUAGACAUCUUCCAGAAUGGUAUUGAUGUGUUCUCCACCAGCAGUUACCCGUUAAUGGACAUCACAAGCAAACUGAUCUCAACCAAUCUCUACCCACCAAAGUCCCAGAUCAAACGUCAGAAGAUGAUCUAUCACUGCAAGUUUGGAGAAUUCGGCGUCAUGGAAGGUCAGUUUACUGAGCCAAGUGGCGUUGCUGUUAAUGCUCAGAACGACAUUGUAGUAGCUGACACAAAUAACCAUCGUAUCCAAAUCUUCGACAAAGAGGGGCGUUUUAAGUUCCAGUUUGGUGAGUGUGGGAAACGUGAUGGACAGUUGCUCUAUCCAAAUCGUGUUGCUGCUGUAAAAACCUCUGGUGAUAUCAUUGUCACUGAGAGGAGUCCGACACACCAAAUACAGGUGUACAAUCAGUAUGGACAGUUUGUCCGAAAGUUUGGGGCCAAUAUUCUUCAACAUCCCAGAGGUGUUGCCAUAGACAACAAGGGAAGAAUUAUCAUAGUUGAAUGUAAAGUGAUGCGUGUGAUUAUUUUUGAUCAGUAUGGUAACACCUUGCACAAGUUUGGUUGCUCAAAGCAUCUCGAGUUUCCGAAUGGUGUGGUGGUGAAUGAUAAGGAGGAGAUAUUCAUAAGUGACAAUCGUGCUCAUUGUGUCAAAGUGUUCAAUUACCAGGGUCAGUACCUGCGGCAAAUAGGCGGUGAAGGGAUCACAAAUUAUCCAAUUGGAGUAGGCAUCAACAGUCAAGGUGAAAUUCUUGUCGCGGACAACCACAACAACUUCAAUCUAACAAUCUUCACACAAGAUGGCCAGCUGAUCAAUGCAUUGGAGAGUAAAGUGAAGCACGCUCAGUGUUUUGACGUAGCGUUGAUGGAUGAUGGCUCAGUAGUUCUUGCAAGCAAAGACUACAGACUGUACAUCUACAGAUAUGCACAAAUUCCUAGUCUUGGGAUAUAAGGGAUUUUCUUGUUUGCCAAAAAUGGCGGUAAAAUCUGUAUGAAGUUUGUGUGAUUCAAGCCUGUCUGGUUAGCCAGCUGGUGAGGGGAAAAGCUUAGUAGGUGUGUCUUGAAAAGAAGCUUAAUAAUGUUCACGAGUAUUACGUAAUACAAAAAUUACAAAUGUGCUAGCUAAUGAUGUUAAUUUUGUAUGGCAAUUUUUUUGUAACUUUUUAAUUGAUAUUUUUGUUACGGGAGAGGCAUUUUGGCAAUAGUCUCUUGUUACUAGGGUUUUGUCCAUGUACGGCCAUGUGCCUGUUGCUAGUCAUGGUGUAAAAACUGCAAAUCAAGCAUUGUAUUGCAUCUGUAGUCAUGGCAACACAAUAAUGUCUGAGAAAGUGUUAAGAGCAUUUUAUGGACAUCUUUGAGCUGCUAUGACAACCAGAUAAAUAGAUUCCGAUGGUCAGUAUUUAGCUGAAUGCAUUAUGCAUUUUAUAAAAUGUUCUGUAUUUUUUGUACAGAGUCAGGCUGUCAUAAUUGAAAAAGUCCACCAUUACUAUUUAAUGUUCUUAUUUAUGAACAAAAUGUUGACUUAUUUUAUGAUUAUUUUUGUCAUUAUUGUGAUAGAUCUUGUUCGUUGUUGUGCUAAAGCACAGCUUAUUAUUAUUAUUAUUUAAUUGCCACUCUAGCUUUCCUUAUUUUGUUUUUGUUAUGUAAUGUUAUAUAUAAUUUAAUUUAGUUGUGCACAGUGUUAGAAUUCUCAACUGGUUAUGGCCCUUGUUUUUUCUCUCUAGUUAAUUAAUACAAUCAGUAUACAUAGACAAAUUCACCAUUUUUUUGCAGUUGUUGUUUUUAUUUUAGUCUUGUUUUUGUUGUUUUUUUCUUCAGAUUUAAUCAUAAUUAUGUAGUAUAUUGCGUUUAUAGUAAAAUUGGACCAUGAGACUUAAUUUUAAAGCUACCUCAGCUUGCGGCAUAUGAGAUGAAUCCAAAACAGUUUGUCAUCUAGCAAGUAUUAUCAAAAUUUUAAUUUCUGUUAGAUUUAGAAAUGAUCCAAAGUUAAUUUUAAAGGAGUCUGCAUGGUCCUGUAAGGUGACUAGGACUGUGUAGUUUUAUUGGAUUAGUAGCAACAUUUGGGUGCAUUUUUUCAUUUUUUGGCGUACAAUUCUGUCGAUACUUCUAGUUAAGUUUCAUUCCUGCAUCAAUUUGAAGACCCAAUGUUGCUGAGGUGUUAUGUAAAAUACUGACAACAUCUCCCUAUUUUCCAGUUGCUUUAGUAUUUAUAUUUCAUAGUCAUAAUAGAAGAGAUUAAUAUUUAAUGUUGUUUUGCCAUAUGAAUCAGGACUUUGUUAUGUUACCUUUGUUUAAGAUACUCUAUUUAUAAUCAUACCCAAUAUUUACUGCAGAAAAUUGUAACCUAAUAAACACAGGGUAGUCUGUUUUAUCAAAGUUAUCUUUCCCUUAUUACUAUUUAUAGAUUGUUUUUCUUUGUUCUUAAAAUAGAAGUGUCACUUGGUGCAGAGGUCACAAAAGUUCAUGUCUCUUCAUGUUUUUCUUUGUGUCUGAUUCAUAUAGAGAUAUGGAUACAAUGAAUUUAGUAAUCCAAAACUAAAAUGUGCCAUACACAAUAUUGUGAUGUUGAUCUUGUUAUCAUGUUGAUUUAUAUAGAAAUCCCCGAUCAUCCUAAACUCAUUAUUCAUUUAUUUUAAUGCUAGAUAAUUUCAGUGAUAGGAUUGUUAAUUAAUAAAGACCGUGAAGUACAUUAUCUUACAUAAACCAAAAGCGUGCCUGUACAAAUGUAGACAAAUCAUACUUAAAUUAUUGAAAAGAAACUUCGGUCAGUUUUAAACUGGCUAUCUCGGCUAUGAUCGACAUAAUUUAAAGGUGCGGUAAUUAGAAGUACACAAAAAUUUGAAGUAUGUGUAAGGUAAAGAAACAUUAUAAGUAAGAUUUAAUGACAGUUUUAUACAUUGAACAGAGGAAUGCAAAAAAUGGCUGGACCUGAUUGAUGGCUGAGUGUUUAUUUCACAUUCAGUUUGUAUUGAUAACCAUCGUGUGAUUGAAUCAUCCUCCCAUCAGUCAUUCUGUCACUCAUCCUUGUUACUUUUUAUAAAUAAAUCAGGGAAAUAUCAUAAUUUGCAGUGUGGUGCUACAAGAGAGAAAUUUGUCCAUUUUCACCAGUAUGUUUGUGUAUAUGUUCUGUAAAGAAGGAUGAUUAAACAAUAAUAUAGAGGUUCAUGAAUUCUCAGAAAAUGGGUUUCUUAGUCUCUCUAUUCAAGAAUCCAGUGUUACUUCGAAAAGUUUUGAUCCCAUGUGUUAUCAGUAGCUUUGUGAUUGUUUUAGGGGUGUGAAAAAAUGAAAUGAAAAUGGUAAAUGCUACAGUAGUAUGCUGCAGUUUUUUGAGGGAGUGGAAAAAUGAAAUGAAAAUGGUAAAUGCUAGAGUAGUGUGCUGCAACUGCCAGUUUUGAGUGUUCUUUUGUGACCUUGACCUUGUGUUCAUGUGACCUCUGUUGCCAAGUUACCGUGACGUUUUUAUUAUAAAUCAAGAAAUUUUCCUAAUCUUUCUCAAUUUACAUUGUCAAUUUGGAUACUCGAAUAGAUUUGAAAUAGCAAAAUAAGCAUUAAAUCAACAACUUUGUAAAUUUUUCUCUGCCAUCUUCUACUCUUUCCAUUUCUCUUUUCUGCAGAAAGUUGUUGUCAAACAUUUUGCUCAUAGAAACAUAAAAAGGAGUGCAAUUUCUGAGCAAAGAUUUUUUUAAUUUUAUUUGUUUUGUUUGUUGUAUUUCCAAUCUAAGCCUUGCCUAAUUGUUUACAUGACAAUGUCUUGAUUGUUUUCUAUAUGUCACUUUUUUUAUAGUUGAACAAGAAAUCAUUGGAAUUUUUAUAUGCCAUAUUUGUUAGUAGCAAACUAUUUUUUGAGAAACUGUUUUUCUUUGAUAAGUCAGAUAGAAGUAGCAAAACUGGGGUUGAGGGUUUCUGUACACCGAUCAUCUAGAAUAGUGUUUGUUUUGUUUAUUUUUUUAUUGCAAGGGGGAAAUCAAACUUUUGUGAAUGCAUUUAAUAUAUUCUGUUGCCAUUUUUUGCUCCAUGGCUUCUUAGAGGGGUUCAUAGCAUGUUGAACCUCAUAAGACAGUCGAAACACUUUGUCAAGCUGAGAAUUAUUGCAGAAACUGUAUAUUGAAAGUUGGCUUGUAUUGUUCUCAUUAAAGAGUACGUCUGAUAGUGAAGAAGAAAAAAACACCAGGAAUUUGCACACAAUUCAAAUGUGUAACAUGUACUACGACAGAUGUUAUUACACAGUGAAAAUCAAUAUUUUUUAUAAGAACAGAAUUGCACCGAUGGUACAAAAUGCAACAUCUGGCCUGUUGAGACAAAGAAAUAGUAUUCUGUGGAGGCAGUUAAUAUUAAAGUUUGAUUUUUUUUGUUGAAAUGAAAAUUAAUGUAGUCUUCAAAUGUAAACAGUUGCAGUAAUUGUCAGUUGACAGAUGUCAGUUAUCUUGCUCACUUCUGUUGUUGUUCAUUGCUAUCAUUCUCAUCAAUGUUGUUGGUUUUUUUGAACUGAGAUAUAUAUAAUGACCAUAUAUGAAUAUUUUUGUACAUUUCACGAGUAGGGAUGUAGAUUGUGCAAAAUUUUUGGAUAGUUAUUUGAUAUAUUGUAUUCAUAUGUGGUUUAAAACUUGUAGAUUAUAUAACCUAUAUUUUGCUGUAGUAUAUAUGCAUUUUUAUUUAUAUUAUUUCAGAAACUGAAAUUAAUACAAAUCUCCUUUUUUAAAUCAAAUUUUUACCAAUAAAUGGUGUUAAAAAUUGUUCUUGGUUUGCAUGUGGGUUAUGUGCUUUGUCUGAUGCAAGGGAGGUAACUCAGACUAAGCAUUAUUAUGUUUGUGUUCAAAACUUACAAGGUUGUGUCCCCUAUUGUGAAGGAGUACAAUAAGGCUUACAGCUGGCUAUGUGUUCCGAUUUGUUAAAUAUUAUGAUAAUACAAAGAAAAAAAAAGAAUAAAAAUAUAACCUGUUGAAUUAUUAUUUCCAAUAUAUGCAUAAUUGUUGAGAGUACAUUCUUCACCAAGGAAACGUAUAUAAACUAAUGACAGCCUUGUUGUAGUCUGGUGUACAUGUUGCCUACUGUGUCUUCCUGAAUAAUAUCAUUGUUGUGUUUGUAAUUGUAUAGAUAUUUGUAAUAAUUGCUAUCCCACACUGACACACAAAGCUUGCUGAUCGUAUAUUUCUCUGAUUUCAUUUGACCAGGUUAAAUACUGACCUUGUAAAUUAAGGUGUUUUCAGUAAAACUUCAAACUAUUGGAAACAAUUUAGGAUAGUUACUUGUAUUCAUUUCAUGUAAAUUAUUUGGGAAAACUGCUUGAUAUUUUUUUUGUUGUGGUUAGUACUAAUGUAGCACUGAAUCUUUCUUCCAUUGUUGAAAUUUUAAAAAAUGUUACAUGUUUGAGGAAUAUGAAUACUCAAUCAAAAUCAUUAGUCUCAUUUUUCCAUAGCAACCAUUUCUUUACCUUAGUAACUGCAAACAAUCAUGGUCGGGUGCUUUUUUGGCUUUUUUAUGGCCAACUGUUCAAGUUUAGUUUUGCAAAGUCAAAGUAGGGUUAUUUUUUACUGUUAUACAUCUGCAUUUUUUAUAUAAAACAAAAAAAAAAGAUAUCUGCCAUUAAAAUUUCAACCACUUGACCAGAUUUGCAUAUUUGCAUUAAAAUGCUUGUUAAAUGCUUUAUAUGUUUUUUUUUUUUGUUUUUUUUUUUUUUACAUUACAAACGUAAGUAAUUGCCUUGAAAACAUAUGGUAAAAAUUAAAAUAUGCAAGUGUGGAUUUUUGGGUGUAUAUGUUCUGAAGUAAGUGGUGUAAUCUGUUGUCUUACUUUAGUCAGAGACAGUGCUAUUAGUUGUUUAUGGUAUAAGAGUUUAGUAAAAUGUUUUUUUUUUGGAGAGGUUGUUUUAUUCUCUAACAGAAAUGCAUUAAUACAUGUUAUUUGAUAGUAUUAGAAUUUUUUUUCAAUAAUAAUUCAGUCUUUGAAUCUGUUAAAAUGAUUCGCUGAAAUUUUGCCUACCUGUGGACCAAAUAAACAUGUAAGUUGUAUUGCUCAAUGUUGAACUUUCUAGUAUGAUUGUAUUUUGACAAGAGAAAAACUUAUUUGAAAAAUUUUGCCGUCGGUUUCCCAGCCAGGCAUUACAAUGUAUCAGAAGUGUACAUGAGAAAUACUUGGCCUGGAAGUACAUGUUUUAAACAAUGACACUUACUGUGCAGUGUAGUGAAGUUAUUGGUAAAAUGUUUUUGCACUGGCACGUCUGUAAAGAUUGUCUCAGACUCACAGAAGAGAAUUUUCGUAAAAUGACGAAAUGCUCCUUUAGUCCACACACAUCAGUGAGAUGAUUGGCUGGGAAUGACAUUGUAUGUUGUUUAUCCUGGUCAUAGUCCUGCAUGGUUACAAAAAAACCCCUAAGAGUCAGUACCUAACACAAGUAGUUGAGAGUCCCAUGUGUUGACUUUUUUUGUAGUCGAAACUGAUUCUUGCAGUCGUAAGAAAAAAGUCUAUGAAAAGAAAAAGUGUUUUUGUCUGGAAACUUGUUGAUGAUUUAAACAUUGGUGCAUAAUGUUGAUCUAUAUAAUUCUUGUUGAGAUGUUAUAAUUGGCUGUUCUUUUCAAAGCUGUAUAUUUUUUUAGGGGUUACAGAUAGUUUUGCUUGAAGGAAUAAUUUGAUAACUAUGUUACAGUGAAACUCAAAUGAUGAUUUGAUGCUUGCAGUAGAUUGCAAGUAGUAGAUAGAAAGAUAUGGUGAUGUGUCUGUCGAGUACAUUGUUGUAGUUUCUUCCAUCAAAAGACCAAAUAUAUAUGAUAUUCCCUUCAAAGCAUUGUAAAUAAAUGUGUAUUCAGUAAAUCUUCAGUAUUAACAUUAAUAUCUCUAGAGGCAAUUUAUGUUCACUGGAACUGAACUUCAGCACCCAAAACUGAUCAGUUUUAUACCAACAAUUUAAUAUUUUCGUCUUCUCCUUUUCCAAUGGAUAAGUGUUGUAGCCGAAGUCCUGACAAUUAGGAAGGAAACAUAAUACAUGGUGGAAAAGUUUGUGCAUAAUGAAGAUUUAAAGUGCUUACCAGCAAAAUUGAAUAGUUGUCUAAGAUUGAAAUAUUACACAAUGUGAAUGUGAGCAAAAUUUAUGCCAAAAAAAAAAAACAAUUUGAAGGCUACAGCAAAUAUUUUUGAAAGUAUUUGAUGAGGAUAUGCAGCUUUGAAUAGAAAAAGCAUUGUUAAAAUGUCCCAGAUUAGUGUCUGGGGAGAGGGCAUGUGUUAACAAGUUGAAAGUUAUUGAAACGAAAGUUUUGUUUAUAGUUAUGUUUGGUUAUUAUAUACUUGUACUCUAUAUGGUAUAUGUGGUAGUUGUUAUUGUACAAAUGGUCACGCCAUGGCAGUUGGGAAAUCGUGAAUGUAUUAAAUUGUCUUAAUGGAUAAAAAAGUGCCUGAAAUGAACUAUAGUUUGUUGGCUUACUGAAUUCUGCAUAAUAGUUUAGUAGAAUUUCCCAGGAUGAAAUCUUAAUGCAAAUAAUUAUGAUCAUCGUCGUCAGAUGCUUUUUACAAUAUUGAAUGAUUGAGGCAUGUAUCGUGACGUACUUGAAAGUUCUAGAUACAUUGUCAGCCUUAUGUUAAAGUAACAAUCAAAAACAUGGCCUGACUGUUAAAAAAUGCUUUUAGUGUUGUGUUGAUUUAUUUCGGGGGCCUUCGAAUAAUAUACAGAUAUUUUGCCAAAAGAAUGGAGUUUGAUUUUUUAUAUGAUUUAUUUAUAUAUAUUUAUCAUGUAGUUAUUGGUUAUAAAGAUUCCUGUCGUCCAUGCGUGUCGAAGGAGACCACUGGUACUGUUUUCAUACUCAUUCAAACCGUGUUAAAUGUUUUGCCAUAUAUUAUAUGUUGUUCUUGAGCUGCUUCAUUCCAAGGUGUUGAACUAUUUUCUGUGUUCUUAUUAUUAUUUUUUUUUGCAACUAAUAAAAAGACAACAAAUGUUUGCUCGCAUUUUGGGGAAAAUUAUUGCAGUCUUACUGUUUUGUGUGUGGAUAUUAUUUUUUUUGUUGUUUAUAGAAUUUUAUACAGUUAUUGGUGUUGUGCAUGGUUAAUAUAGCUUAGUUAGUCCGUAAAAAUGAGUUAGAUUUGUUAUUCUGUUUAAAUUUUUAGUUAUUUCUUGCCCUGUUGUACUAUUUUAAAGACUUACACACUGACUAAACUUAGAUAUAAAGUUCAUUAUAGACUUUUCUUGAAACACUAAUCCGACUCCAUCUUUGACCAACUCAAACUAUGAUGAUUUUAAAGAAAAAUGGAUAGCAAAUUGAGACAGGAAAAACUUGAGAUAUGAUUUAUGGAGCAUUGACAUACGUCCAGCUUUAACAGAUAGCACAAGAAUUGAAUCUUUGUAGUUAUACAUAAACUUUUACAUAUGUCCAUCCCAUACUGAAGUCAUGGCACAUUUCCGGCUUGCCAUUAUCUCUGAAGGUAGGAGAAAGUUCAGUUACAUGUCUGAACGAUUUUUCAUAGAAAAUUAGAGUAUGGUUUGUAAACUUAAGGCAGUUAACCUUUCUGUAAAAAUCUCUGACAGAAGUAACAAUUCCUUAAUGUCUAGGUCAAAAGAAUAGAUAAAUGAUGAGCAUAUGAGUCCAAAAAGAAAGUUGUUGGAACUGGUUCACACUGUAAUGGAGCAAUAUGGAUUGAAUCCUUAAUUUACAUCUGUUUUAUUGUUGAUUAAGAGUUUCAAAAAAAGUACAAAAAGAUUAAAAAAUAAUCAGUGUUAACUAAAGUUUAUAUUUUACUAUGUUGAAAUUGACUGUUUGUGUUUUUAUUAUUAUACUUUAUUAGUCUUGAAUGGUUUUUGCUUUUUGACUCCAGUUAAUUGGAGUGUGUUUUUGUAGACUUUGUAGAUAUGUUAGAUAUUUAGUUCUAUUUUAGAUUAUUUAUUUUGUCCUAUUUGUUGUCUUGAUGCCAUCAAAUAUUUUGUUCUUGCUUAAGAUAUGCUGACUAUUGAGAACAUGAUAUAUAAAUCAGCUGUGAAGGUUUUCAGAAAAGCAUCUCGUACUGAUUGAACUCUUUGGCAUUAUACCUCUUCAGGGAUCCUCAUAUUCAUUAUUUAACACGCUGAGUGAAUGAUACUCUAUUUAUUUAACUGACUAGAUGCUACUUCUAUAUGAAAGAGACUUCUGUAACUUUUGAGCAACAUGGUAUAUUUGAUAACUUCAGUUAAGGAAAUUCAAUUAGAUCUACAAAAAAUUUACCUAAUUUUGUACUGUGUUACUAACAUUUCAUUUGAAUAUGCAUAAAAAGAUCAGACUGCAUAGAAGUUAGACUAGAUUGUCAGUCCUAUCACUCUUUGUUACAUACUUUAAGCUGUAAUCAGUGGUUUGUUUUGAAGUAACAGACUUUAACCAAUGGCCUGCUGGCAGCAAGUGAUUUUGCCUUUGCGACCAGUGCAGACCAAGAUCAGCCUGCACAUCUGUUUAGGCUGAUCAUUGUCUGCACUGUUCGCUAUUCAGUCAGUAAAUAUUCAGUGAACACCCCUUUAAAUAAUAAUUGAUGCUGCCCAAAUUGAAUGAUGGACCAGUCCAUUUUAGAAAUGUAGCAGGGUAAGGGUUAAUUAAAAAUUGAUAGAAUACACCUUGAUUUCUUCCUAUUUGCAAAGAAAUGAAUUAGACAGAAAACUGAAAUACUUUAAUAUUACCUGUUUGAAGUCCUGGUUAAUUAUCCUAUUAAAUCUAGUGCUAUAUAUUUGUUUUUCUUUUGUUAAUCUCAGCCAUAAGAUUUCUUGUUAUAAGUUGUUGAUUUCGCAAGUUAAUUCCACGUUUCACUGUUCUGUUACAGCAGAAGUCUGCUAUAAGUUUCAAUUUUGUUUUGUUGUUUUUACGUCUCGCAAAAAAUUUACUGCCAGAAAUGAUUCCAUGAUAAUAGUACCGAAUGUAUUUGUAUCGUAAAUAUAGACUAUAGAAUAUAAUGAUAUAGGAAAAUUUGCUUCUUCUGUUUGUUUGUGUUCUGACACUUCUAAAUGAAUAAAAUAUGAAUUUCACAAUCGAUUCCCAUUUAUUUCAUACCCAGUAUAUAUUUUGUUAAGUUUGAGAAUAUAUCUUUUACUGAUUCUGUCUUGAUUGGAUCUAUCACUCUCAGUCAAAUAUUGUGAAGGUUUUUCUAUUAAUUCAUACAGUAUACUUCAAGAGAUAAUAUCAUAACCUUUAACUUAAAAUAAAAUAACAUUAUUUUACCAAGCAACUCCACUUUUAAUGUGAUUUACAUAUCACAGAAUAUAGGAAUGUUUUGCUGGAGCUAUAUAUGCCUGAAUCAGUGCUCAGUUACACACGCCUCUUGCAGCACAUUCCAUGCUAGAUUUUAGAUUUAAGUUUGCAUUCCCAUAGUGAAACAUCAGGAGACAUACUGUUGGUGCUUUCUGAAAUGACAAUCUUGUUGCUAUAAGCAUACUUUUCUAUCAGAUCAUUAACUGUAAAUAACAUUAAGGUCAAAGGUUAUUGCAUAGAGUUUGUAGACCAAUCUUAAAAAGAUGAAGCAUUGGUUAUUUCUGAGUAAAAACAAAACCGACCAAUCGAAGCAGUCUUUCCUAGACUAGACUCCAAACUCAGUGUUAUAACCUCGGAACCAGUCUUGCAAAUGCAAUAGUUCACUAAAUCAGUAGAUAUCACUAUUGUUAAAGAAUGGAAUCGGAUGUUUUCUUUUUCCUUGUCAUUUCAAAAGGUAUGGAAAUAUGUCUCCUGAUCUUACAGGGAAUUUUUUAUGUUAACAUCAGUUAUAGAUGAGUACUGUUGAUAAAGUCCGAGAAUAGUCACAUAGCAUAGAUACUGUUUGUUGUUGAAGUUUUUAAGAUGCAAAAUUGUUCCAUAUCAUGUUAAAAUAUAAAGCCGAAAUCCUUUGUUUUUAUAGACUGUUAUUUUCCUUGAUAGAAUCAUAUUCCAGACUGCUGGUUGAUUCAGAUCUGUUAAGGUGGCAUUGUGUUGAUUUUCAUAGCAGAACUGACAACUCUUGAAAGUAAAUUGAAUAGUAAUGCUUUGUUGAAAUAACUAUUGGAAAUAAUUAUAUAGAAUUUUAUAGAUCAGUCCUCUUGUUUCUAUUGGAUAAUGCAGUAGAAUGAUGAAAUGGAUAUUACAGAGAACAGGGCUGAAGGCAUUGAUUUUGUUUUGUACUCUGUGCCAUAAGGUUCAAAAACCAACGAAAAGACAACCUUGUUCCAUUGUCUACAAAGUCAGGUCUUAAAAUGAAUUGAAGUCAGUUAACCCUUUAAUAGGUCAGGAACACUUUAAGAACUCCAACAUUAUUUUUACCAAAAGCAAAGUAAAAGCUGUUGUAUGGCAUUGCUUGAAGGUUAUUCACAACUCGAAACUUUAGACAAAUUUCUGUUUUCUGCAGGCUAAGUUCCUUUAAUGAACAAGCAGUCAUCCAAUUGACUUUCAGGUUGAUUAUUUUACUAAGUCUAUGAUAUUGCAUAUACUGCCUUAUUAAAAACGAAAAUUUACAAUAUAUAUUAUAUAUAUAUAUAUAUCACUUAAUAUAUAUAGUGAUUAGUUCAGUGUGUUUUUGUGUUGUUAUUAUUUAUUAGAAUUUUUAGGCUUACAGAGAUCAAACUAUAAAACUGAUGCAAUAAUUGUAAUUUUUCUAUACAACAGUAAAUUAUAGCUGUUGAAAUUUUUAUGAACGAAAUGGUAGAUAAUGAUUCUAAGAUCUCAGUGUGGUGAAUGAUAGGAUUGUGUUGGGGUCUUGAAUGCUUCUAUUUCUCUCACUAAUAUUUUGAAAACAACAACAACAAAAAGAAUGGGGAAAAUCUGUCUAAGAUUAAUGUACAUCUGAUUUGGUCACCUUAAAUAUAAUUUUUUGUGUUGUUUUGAAGAUACUUGAAAACAUAGAAUUUUCUCAAUUUAUUUUAUAAAUACAAAACAGGUUUGCAUAAGUUAUUGUUAGAUGAACAUCAUACAUUGUAUUCUGUUGAAGAGGGCCCAUCAUAUUAACGUGCUUGUCCCCAUGUUCAUUGUUUGACCUCAUUUUCCAUUAUGAAUGGUUUUGCCAGACUCGUGACAGGCUACUGUAUGGAAGUAUUCAGUGAACAUGUUAAACAGCAGGUGUUAGUUCUCUUCACACACUCUACCAUAUUUUUGAACAUCAUAGAUGUACUAGUAGUAGUUUUACACACUGUUGAAUGUAACAAUGAUUUUUAUUUACUUAUCAAAGGUUCAUGCAUAAAAACAUGUUUCAUCAACCAUCAGGCGUUAUUAUUGUCAUCAGUUUUCAUCAGUUUUGUUAUACGAGUGUACAUGAUUGGUAUUAAUAAAGUAUUUUGUUUGCUUCAAUAAA